AGCUGUGCAGCGAAGACUCCCAAGUCAAACUGCGCUCUUUGGGUUACUAAAUAGGUAAUCUAGAUACCCACAAGAUGGAUAUGAAGAAGAGAAUUUAUCUGGAAUUGCGGAACCGAACGCCAUCAGAUGUGAAAGAACUUGUACUCGACAACUGUAGGUCAAACGAAGGCAAAAUCGAAGGUCUCACGGAUGAAUUUGAGGAACUGGAAUUUUUAAGCACAAUCAACGUAGGCUUAACUUCAGUCGCAAAUUUGCCGAAGCUAAACAAACUCAAAAAGCUCGAACUCAGUGAUAACAGAAUCUCAGGUGGUCUGGAGGUACUUGCAGAGAAAUGCCCAAAUCUCACCCAUCUCAACCUCAGUGGCAACAAAAUCAAAGACCUCAGCACAAUUGAGCCCCUGAAAAAAUUAGAGAGUCUGAAAAGUUUAGACUUGUUCAACUGUGAGGUGACCAACCUGAAUGAUUACAGAGAAAAUGUAUUCAAGCUGCUCCCUCAGUUGACGUAUCUUGAUGGCUAUGACAAAGAAGACAAGGAGGCUCCAGACUCUGAUGCAGAGGCCUAUCCAGAAGGACUAGAUGAUGAGGAUGAAGACGAUGAUGAGGUAGAGGAGGAGGAGUAUGAUGAAGAUGCUGCCCCAGGUGAUGAUGAUGAAGAAGAAGAAGGAGAUGAGGAGGAGGAAGAGGGGGAGGAGGAGGAAGAGGACGACAUCAGUGGAGAGGAGGAGGAAGAAGAAGAGUUGAACGAUGGUGAGGUUGAGGAUGAAGAUGACUAUGAAGAAGAAAGAGGGCAGAAAAGGAAAAGGGAGCUGGAUGAAGAAGGCGAGGAGGAUGACUGAACCUGCUCUCUCUCUCUCUCUCUCUCUCUCUCUCUCUCUCUCUGGGCCCUCAUGUGAUCUGACUGUUUUAACCCUGUAUUUCUAUGUCCAGUUGUCAUAUUGCGGUGGUGUGGGGGCGGAUUAAAAUGGUAGGGGAUGGGGUUAGCAUAAAAGUGAGGAUACAGUCUAAAUAUUUGUUUUGUUUUUGUACUUUUGGUUUAAUUCCCUUCAUUUACUCCAGAAAACCUCUACAAAUCUCUGGCAACACAGUAGUGAAAAUUUCUUAUUGCUGAAGAAGAAAAAGACUAGUAUACUCUUUGUAAAUUUUAUUUUCUUCUUCUGUACUGUUGAUGCCUAAUUGCUUAUACAGAUCGCUGGUGAUGACUUAUGUAUUUAAAAGAAAAAAAAAAAAAAAAAACCAAAAACCUUUUAAAGUGCAUGUCUGACUCUAUUUUAAAGUUGACUAAUGGAUUUCAAGAGAGCAUUUUCUUACCCACUUUUUUUUAAUUAUGUCAUUUGUUUGUGUACAUUGCAUUUAUGUGGUGUUGUUGUCAUCAUGUGAGAUUCUGUUUAGGUAUGGAGAAUACAUCAUAACGUCUGCCUGGACAGACACAGUUUGGCCUCUCAAUGUGAUUUUUAGUUUUAUUUUAUUUUUUAAUGUUUAGAAUGAAAUGUCUGCCCUUGUCAGAUGACCUCCCUACUAUGUGGAUAGUUCAGAAGUUUCGUGUUCUUUGUAAAUAAUGACCAAAUAUAUUUUUUUCUAUUCCCUUUGAUAAUGGCAGACAUUUUCCACAGGUAAUCUCAGUUGUAACCAUUAACUGUAAUAAAAUGAAUGAAAACACAA